AUGAUCUCGAAUGCAUUGUGCGAUCUGGAGAAAUGUGUGGACACUGCCGGGGUCCAGCUCGAUACGCUCGCCCUUAAACUAACGGAUGUGGAGCGUAAUUUGGACGAGAAUGAGCUAGAGUCGCUGGAAAAUGAAUCCGUCAUGGAGUUGCUGGAGUCCGUGACGGAGGUGAAAAACGAGUAUCAAAAUUUACGCAAAGAUUUGCAGGAGGUGCAGCAGCUGCAGAAGGAAAUGACAAACUCGCUCCGCUAUCAGUUGCGAAACAUGACGCAAACGUUCCGUGGGCUGAAGAAAAAAAUCGAAUCCAACUCCAUACCCGUGCACCUGGUACCGCCACCGGCCGGAUCGUCUUCCCGUGGUGCGGGACACGAAGGGCGGGACGGGCAACAUCAGCCGCAGCCACAGCUGCCCCAGCUACUGCCCCAGCCGGAUCUGACCGUGCACGAUCAUGGACCGCGGCGUACCGCGGGCAUCCUGAAGAGUGGCAAACGUGCGCUCGUGCGAAUGUUGCGUGCACUCUAUGGACAAUUUGUACCUGACUUGGUUUGGACCGUUUUGUACCGAACGCAUUGGCGAACGUUGCGCGUUAACUACUGCAAACUGUAG